AUGGAUUCAGGAAGCAGUAGGAGUUUGGAGAAUACAAUAAAUAGGGUCUAUCCUGAUGAACUUGUUCCAAAGAUAAACACAAACAAGAAAAUGUCCACCUUAGCAAACCCACCCAGCAUCCUGGAAAUGCCACAAGAGAUUAAGAAAAGCUGUGGAGAUAAACAGGUAGAAAUCACAGCUGAGAGAAUAAAAAUGGCAAAGAGCAUCAAAAAAAACCAAAGCAAUGAUUUAGAGAAAGUGGCCUUUAAACGGAAGGCAGAAGGUGAAGAAAAGCCAGCUGGAAAGAAAGAGGCAAAAGUAAUAGACCUUGACAGCCCAUUGAUCACCAUGCCUCUGCCUCACAUCCCCUUAAAGAAUAUCACGGAUGUGGAGGUGAAGUUGGUCUACGUUAAUGAAGAGGACGUGAGCUAUGAGUUUAUAGAGUCCUACAUGUCCACUGGGAAUCGGCCAACAUGCCAAGCUGCUGAAAUAGUAGUAGACCCUUUCCGUGUACCUAAUUUCACCUUUCUGCCUCAGAUUGACAAAUGGCUUCAGGUAACCUUAAAGGGUGCCAGCUCUUGCUACAGACAAAAGAAAUACGCCGUGGCAGCAGGACAUUUCAGAACAGCACUGGAGCUUUGCAGCAAAGGGGCAGCUCUGGGAAAACCAUUUGAAGCAUCUGCUGAAGAUGUAGCAAGUGUGGCGAGUUUCAUUGAGACAAAGCUUGUUACAUGCUAUCUACGGAUGAGGAAACCUGACCUUGCCCUGAAUCAUGCGCACAGGAGCAUUGUUUUAAACCCAGCCUAUUUCCGAAAUCAUCUUCGUCAGGCAACAGUGUUUAGAUGUCUGGAGAGAUAUUCAGAAGCUGCCCGGAGUGCCAUGAUUGCUGACUACAUGUUCUGGCUCUGUGGAGGAAGUGAACAGUCUAUAAGCAAGCUCAUCAAACUAUACUGGCAGGCCAUGAUUGAAGAAGCCAUCACCAGGGCGGAAUCUUUCUCAGUUAUGUACACACCAUUUGCAACAAAAAUCAGAGCUGAUAAAAUAGAAGAAGUAAAAGAGGUUUUCAUAAAAACUCAUCCUGCAUAUGUGGAAUAUAUCUACACAGACCUUCAAGGACUCCACGUGUUGCCUCAGACAGCUGACUGGUCAUCUUUUCCUCCUCAACAGUAUCUCUUGACUCUUGGGUUCAAAAACAAAGAAGAUGGGAAGUUUUUGGAAAAAGUAUCAUGUAGGAAGUUACCAACAUUUACAGAACAUAAAACUCCCUUCGGUCUGCUGACAAGAGAAGACACAGUGAGACACAUGCAGAGAAUGGGGAAGCGAAUCUUGCCAAUACUGGAUUUUAUUAGAAGCACCCAAUCGAAUGGGAGUCUUCGUGCGUGCUCAGGUGUGAUGGAGAAGUUGCAAUAUGCCAGCCUCCUCAGCCGGCUGCAGAGAGUAAAGGAGCAGUCCCAGGUGAUCAAUCAAGCAAUGGCCGAGCUAGCAACCAUUCCCUAUCUACAGGACAUCAGUCAACAGGAGGCGGAAUUGCUGCAGUCACUAAUGGCAGAUGCUAUGGACACCCUUGAAGGAAGAAGAAACGAUAAAGAACGUGUGUGGAAUACAAUUCAAAAGGUUGGACGAAUUGAAGACUUUCUAUACCAAUUAGAGGAUAGUUUCUUAAAAACUAAAAAACAGAGAACUGCUCGAAGGCAAAAAACAAAAAUGAAGCGGCUUCAAACUGUGCAGCAAAAGCUAGUCACUGGAGAGCAGGCAACACCACCGAGACGUUCCAGAAAAAGGGCCAAUGGCAUCUCGCCAGCCUGACUGUGACAGCCCAGCAACAAAGGCCUAUGCCAAAAGAAUGAGGUGGUGCCCCUCUUGGCAAAGAGGGUCUACACUUCGUUAAUCUCAACUGGCAGCAAUAAAUGUUCUCAGCAAGUUUGGCCUGA